GUCGUGAAUACCCAGCGACGACAUGUAAAUAAACUCUGAAUAAUAAAAUAAUCGAAGUACAGAGUGGUCCAGAACGGCUGUGCAAAACUCAAUUUAACCACGUGCGGGGACUGGAAGUUUGCAAAGGAACUUGUUUAAUAAAGCGCGACGAGUGCAAGGGCUAACGAAGAACUUUUACGCCAGGUAGCAAGGUAUAGAUCUAUUGGGGGAACAGCCAAUGACCACUCAGGAGGACCGGUUAAGGUAACCACCCAACAAUCAGCGGGGGAAAUUAUUGUUCGUCGCCAAAGAUCACUUCGACGAAAUGAAGAAGAGUUCCCGUGCCCAUUCGAAUUCGUAUUAGUUGUCACAGGAUCUAUAAGAAAAGCAGGUUGAGAUGCUAGAGAGGCGCUAUGGUGGAUCCAUUAAAUCUCGCCGAGCUGCCAAAAUUAUUUAACCAGCCUACAGGCAGUAGUCUAUGAACAAAAACUUGCAAGGGCUGAGAAAUUCUGUCGCAGAGCUAAGACAUUCAAAGUUAGGUCGGAGCAACACGGUAUGGUCAGAAAGGGUUGUCACUGAUGCUCAAUUCACAAUAGGUGCCACUGUCAUUCCCAAUGGAGUUCUAACAAACAAACGUAACGGUGACUUGUAUUCCAAUGACCUUAGAAAACGUUUGACUGGAACUUCUGAUCAACCACGUGUUCUACAAAAAUGAGUCUCGAUCAAGGGGACAGACAUUUUGAAGAUGUAGACCUAACAGACAAUGGUCAUCAUUUGGAAGCGAGACGUAAAACAGGGAAGAAGAAUAACAACAUAAACUCUUGUCAAGAGAUGAACGAUAGUAGUGCUAGUGAUUCACCGCAAGUAACCCCAUUUGUGAGUGCUACAUAUAUACCUAGUUUAGAUUUUGAGUUCCGAAGAGAGUCUGGGGCAUCCUUGAUCUCGAACAUAAUUUCGGGCAAUCUCCGUAGCAACAGGAGCAUUAAUUCAUCACACGAGAACUUCCGACAGUUGGAGUCAAGCGACAGUUCGUCGAUUACCAGCAGUCAGACGGACGUGCCCAAGGAUCUGUCAACUGUUUCUAGUCAUGCACCUGAGAUAUUCACUAUAAGGAAAGGUAAAAAUGGAAAGUUAAAUGGGUCCGCUGGAUCUAUUAGCCCAUUGAAUGCUAGGCGCAUGAGUAGCAUUUCUGCAACCAGUGAACCAGAGAGUGAAAAUCAUUACUCGAGCUCUCCUAGUUCAGAAAACGCGAGUGCGGAUAAUAACAGUAUUGGAAGUGAUAGUAAAACUUAUCAGCAAUGUAUGCAAGAACUUAGCGUUACGCCGGACCACCCUCAGGCAGUUCCAAAGUCAGACAAGCAAAGAAAGCGUGUCUAUAGAAUAGGAUUAAACCUCUUUAAUACAAACCCUGAGAAGGGCCUGACAUUUCUGUGUGAGCAUGGUUUCAUCAACGAGUCGCCCGACAUGGUGGCGCGGUUCCUGAUCACCAGGAAAGGCGUGAGCAAGCAGAAGAUAGGAGAGUACCUGGGAAACUGGCAGAACCAAUUCAACAUGGACGUGCUCUGUUGCUUUGCAGAGGAAAUAGAUCUGUCUGGUAUGCAGGUUGACAUGGCGCUCAGGAAGUUCCAGUCCUAUUUCAGGAUGCCUGGUCAAGUUUCGAUGAUAGACAGACUGAUGACGGCGUUUGCGGAGCGAUAUACCCAGUGCAACCCAGAUCGAGUAAAAAACUUCACCAAUCCCGACAAAGUGCAAUGCCUAGCGUUUGCCAUAAUCAUGUUGAACACUGAUCUACACAACGCCAGCGUUAAAGCAGUGCGCAAAAUGAAACAGGAGGACUUUGUGAAGAUCUGUCGAGGUAUUCCUGAUGAUGAUGAUGUUGACAGAGACUUGUUGGUGGGGAUUUAUGAGCGCGUGAAGGCCCAGGAAUUCCGCCCAGGAGCGGAUCAUGUGACCCAAGUCAUGAAAGUGGAACAGACUAUUGUUGGGAAAAGAAAACCCGCCCUUGCCCUACCCCACCGGCGGCUGGUGUGCUACUGUAGACUGUACCAGGUCCACGACCCAAACAAGAAAGAGAAGAUCGGCCUACAUCAGAGAGAGGUCUUCCUCUUCAACGAUUUGUUGAUGGUGACCAAGAUAUUCAGCAAACAGAAGAGUGGGAUCACGUAUUCCUUCAAGCAGUCAUACUCUCUGUGUGAUAUGCAAGUGUACCUCUUUGAAAUACGUCAUUAUAGGUUUGGCAUACGCUUAGUGAACAACCUGGAUAACAAUGUCCUCAUCGCAUUUAACGCUCGCAACGAUGCUGAUCGACAGAAGUUUGUCGAAGAUCUCAAAGAAGCUAUUUUAGAGCAAAAUGAAAUGAAGAUAGUGUCAACAACGAACAUUGCUACGGCGGAGAACUUCGAAAACAAUGCUGACAUAUUGAAAUCAAGCAAAACCCCUGAAGAUGUUCAACAAUUGGAUCCGAAAGCAAUUUCACUCUUUUACAAAGCUCUUAAAGAUGGAAAAGAAAAGGUCAAUAAUAUUCGCCUGAUGGUCGUAGGCAUGAAUGGCGUGGGAAAAACAUCUUUGGUGAACAAUUUGAUUUGGGAAUGUCGUUACAAAACACACACAAAACAAACUCUUAGCACAGAAGGUAUCGAUAUACAUAGGUGUAAGUUGAUGACAGAUGGUGAUUGGUGUUUAGAUAAAGAAUUAAAAGAGGUAAAAUAUGAAGGGCGCAUUCAAAAACUUGUUUGUAACAACCAGAUGUCAAAGGACACGCAUUCAGCAACUGCGUCUAAUGAUAAAACUACUAACAGUCAUGUUACGCUCUAUGCAAGGAUCACAUCUACUGAGGAUCAUGAAACUCAAACACAAACUGAGCCAUUACAAACUUUCAAAAAAAGAAUAGCCUUGGAAAAAGAUGAUAAAAUUUUGCAACAUGGAAUUAAGUUUGCCAAGAAGAUGAUUGAAACUUCUAGCGAUAAUUUAGAAAAGGACAAAGCUUUGCUUGAUGAAUCUAAAAGUGAGAUCACUGUUUCAGUUUGGGAUUUUGCCGGUCAGACACUGUACUAUUCAACUCAUCAGUUCUUCUUGAAUAAGAGGUCGAUAUACGUAGUGGUGAUGGACAUGACAAAAAGUUUGGAAGAUGUUGUAAGUAAAUCGGAUGGAAUUGGAAUUUGGUGUGGUUUGGUGCAUGAUUGCACCUAUUUGGAUAUAUUUAAAUUUUGGCUUAAUGCAAUUCACAUGAACAGUGAUUAUCAAUCUGGAAAAAGGACAAUAAAGCCAACUAUUAUUUUAGUUGGCACGCGGAAAGACAAAAUGAAGGGGAGUGCUGAAGAAAUAGAGAAGAAUAUGAAUUCGUAUUUUGACAACGCUUUAUGUAGCUUUGAUGAUAAUUCGCCAAUCUUUGAACAUAUUUAUAGGAACAGAUUUCUUGUAAAUAAUUUGUCUCCAAAUGAUUCUGCUUUUCGAGAGUUGCAAAAAGAAAUUAUAAGCUUGGCUGCGCAGCAAGAUUACUGGGACGAAGAAUAUCCAGUUCGAUGGAUUCACAUGGAACAAACGUUGGACAAAAUGAGAGCUGAAAAGCUGCAGAUAGUUAAAAUGAAAGAUGUGGAAGAAGAAGAUCUUAAAAAUGUACACCAAUUGGGUAAAAAAGAACUAACCUUGUUCCUGGAAUUGCAGCACAAACAAGGCAAUAUCAUUUUUUUCAACUCAGGCAAACUUAAGGAUUUUGUUGUUCUUGCUCCUCAAUGGAUCAUUGAAGCUUUCAAAUGUUUCAUACCUCAUAAUCAGAAAAUAGAAGCCACUGUUUUGAAAGAUUGGGAAGAAUAUAAAAAACAUGCAAUUCUGAAACCCAAUGUUCUCCGCGAAGUUAUGAAAAACAGUCCUCCCUACAUACAUGAAUACGAGGAUGCUGUUAUAAGAUACAUGGAAUAUCUAAAUGUUAUAGCACAGCCUUUGCCAAAUGCAGAUGCUAUAACUGGAAUCCCAAAUCAACAUGUAAGGGUACGGGAAGAAACCAGUGGCUUAUAUGAUUACAAUCCUAAAAUGUUUAAUUGCCACAUCGUCCCUUGUCUCCUAAGCAGGGCACCGUCACCAAUAGACAGCUUUACUUCACCUGAUAAACCACGAACACCAGUUCUAGCUUUUGUGUUUUGCGGAAAGUUUAUGCCCCCCUCUUUCUUCCACAGGCUUGUAGCUGUUUGCAUUCGUGCUUGGCCUAUCAGCCAGGAGCGUGACCAAUAUUGUUUAUUUAACGGCUUGGCUAUAUUUGAUCUCAAUCCGAUAUAUACGUUGAGAAUAUGGUAUAUGGAUUACAUAAUUUAUGCCAGGAUAGUUUGUUGUUCAGAAAAUGCUAAGCUAGACAAUUUUGUCUUGCGGAUUCAAGAAGUUCGGCACACACUUGAGAACAGUUUACAAGACUUUGUUCAUCAAUCUUCUCCCGUAUUUGAUGAGUACAUUCAGUGCCCAGAAAUGAAGGUGUCUUUGCAUAAUAAAGGAUUGUUCAGAGUGAAACAGUUUAAUUAUGAAACUGAGAUAUCUUGUCCAGUAUGUAGUAUUCCACAUACUGUGAAACGAUCAGACGCUAUGCAACAUUGGUUCAACGAGAUGUUGGAUCAAAAUGAAACGGAUGUGGAAAUAAACUAGUGGAAUAGAUGAUUGCAAUCCUAAAUUGUAAGAAUGUCACAUUUUUGCUUGCCUACUGAGAAUGGCUGCAGCUUGAGGGUACGCCAAAUAUCGAACACCAGACCAUUUAUGCAAUUAAAAAAUUGUUGAAGUUGCAGAGUAAUUUGGUUAAUGUACCUAUAUUUCUUCAUUCAAAAUCAUAUGGUUGCAAGUAACCCACACAUUCCAGUUUUGCUAAAAAAUGUGUUUGUAAUUGUAAAUUCACUAUUUGUGACAUUGUACAUUUUUGCAUUGAGUACAAAUUAACGUCAUGCUUGUCACCAUGGUCAAAUAAACACUGUCAAGACAAAUACAGAAUAUACAAUAAUUUUAUGUUCUUAAAUAAAUAAAUUGUAAUUUCUCUGUUACAAUUUUAUGUUGGGUUCCUUGCUAACAUGUUAACAGAGCAAUGUCUACUUUGUUUAAGGACAAAUGAUAAAAAUUCCAAAUAAAACAAUACAUUGUCAUAUAUGUUUCAUAUACUAUAAAUAUGUUACACAAAUUGUGUUACUUAUAUCGAACAAGGCACCUUAACUAUUUGCAUGUGUCUGUUUCAUUAAAAUAAAAAUGUAUAUCAUUAUGGGAGUGUUUCAUUCAAAUGAUAUGAUAACCAUAUUUGUAUUGUAUCAAAUGUUUUGUUUGUGCAUGAGGUAAAUAUGUUUACAAUGUAUAUAAAUUUACAACAUUUCUGUUUUGUAUCUGCACUUUUUAGCUCACCUGAGCACAAUGUGCUCAUGGUGAGCUUGUAUGAACGCCUUUUGACCGUUGUCUGUCGUGCGUCGUGCUGCGUCAACAUUUGCAUUGUUAAUACUCUUGAGGCCACAUUUAUUUCCAAUCUUCAUGAAAUUUGGUCAGAAGAUUGGUCUCAAUGAUAUUUUGGACGAGUUUGAAAAUGGUUACGUUUGCUUGAAAAACAUGGCUGCCAAGGGGCGGGGCAUUUUUCCUUAUAUGGCUAUAAAUGGCUAUACAAAACCUUGUUAACACUCUAGAGGCCACAUUUAUUUUCCAAUCUUCAUGAAACUUGGUAAGAAAAUUUAGUUGAAUAAUAUGUUGGACGAGUUCGAAAAUGAUGUCAUUUGGUAGAAAAACAUGGCCGCCAGGGGGCGGGACAUUUUUUCUUAUAUGGCUAUAGUCAAACUUUGUUAACACUCAAGAGGCCAUAUUUAUUAUCCAAUCUUCAUGAAAUUUGGUCAGAAGAUUGGUUUUAAUGAUAUCUUGGAUGAGUUGGAAAAUGGUAACGUUUGCUUGAAAAAAAUGGCUUCCAAGGGGCGGGGCAUUUUUCCAAAUAUGGCUAUAUAUGGCUACAGUAAAACCUUGUUUUGCACUCUCGAGGCCAUAUUUAUUGUCCAAUGGUAAUGAAACUUGGUCAGAAGAUUCAUCCUUAUAAUAUAUUGGACUAGUCCGAAUAUGAUGCCAGUUGGUUGAAAAACAUGGCCGCCAGGGGGGCGGGGCAUUUUUCCGUAUAUGGCUAUUGUAAAACAUUGUUAACAAUCUAGAGGUCACAUUUAUUUUCCAAUCAUCAUGAAACAUGGUCUUAAGAUUUGUCCUUAUGAUAUCUUGGAUGAGUUAGAAAAUAGUACUGGCUGCUUUAAAAACAUGGCCACCAGGGGGCGGGACAUUUUUCUUAUAUGGCUUUUUAGUUAAACCUUGUUAACACUCUAGAGGCCACAUUUAUUGUUUGAUCUUCAUGAAUCUUGGUCAGAAGAUUAGUCCCAAUUAUAUAUUGGAUGGAUUCUAAAAUGGUUCCGGUUGGUUGAAACACAUGGCCGCCAAGGAGGCGGGGCAUUUUUCCUUAUAUAGCUUUAAUAAAACCUUGUUCACACUUUAGAGGCCACAUUUAUUGUCCGAUCAUGAUGAAACUUGGUCGGAAGAUUUGUCCCAUGUCCGAGUGAUAUCUUGGACAUGUUUGAAAUUGGAUCCGGUUGCUUGAAAAACAUGGCCACCAGGGGGCGGGGCAUUUUUCCUUAUAUGGCUAUGUAUGGCUUUUGUAAAACCUUGUUAACACUCUAGAGGCCACAUUUAUUGUUCGAUCAUCUUGAAACUUUGUCAAAAGAUUCAUCCUAAUUAUAUCUUGGACAAGUUCGAAAAUGGUUUGUAUUGGUUGAAAAACAUGUUCACCAGGGGGCGGGGCAUUUUUCCUUAUAUGGCUAUAGUUAAAUAUUGUUUACACUCUAGUUAAAUAUUCUCAAAGUUUAAUGUACUAAUAUUUAUUUCGCAAAAAAAUACUUAAGGGAGAAGAAACUGUUCAUAGCUUGAAUUGUUUUAAUUCCAAUCAUGAAUGCACUCUUAAUUACUCCAACUGACCCUUAUCAGCUGAGCACAUAUUAAUACACAUCUCGGAGUGAACCUUGUUGUUCUAUUUUUAGAUCAGCAACUUUUAACCUUGUUGUGCUAUUUCUUUGAUGUGUGGUACCAUAGAUAAGAGAAGAUAUCAUGUUUGAGGCAUACAGUUUAUUGAUGAGGUCUGAUUUUUUGUGUGUGAUUAUCAAAGAUGUGUGUUUUAAAACGGAUUUAUUGAUUUUUUAAUUGGAAAUAUUAUUGCAAGGUGAGUCUGAAAAUAGUUCUUUUUGUUUUAAAAACAAGGCUCUCAGGGGGUGGUAGUUUUUUGUAUGUCUACAGUUGUUUAUAGUUAAAUAUUGUGAAUUCUUUAAGUCACAUUUUAGUUCAAUCUGAAUGACACUUGCUGAGUACAAUUGUUGUUAUCAUAUCUUGAUUUAGUUUACUCCAUUAGUUUUAUUAAUAUCAUCUUUAAACAUGGUGACAAUCUUAAUGAGCAUAAUAUUUUUUGCUCAUGGUGAACUUAUGAGAUCACGUUUUGUCAAUUGUCUUUCUUCCAUUGUGCGUCAUGAAUAUUUGCCUUGUUAACACUCUAGAGGCCACAUUUAUUGUCAGAUCUUCAUGAAACUUUGUCAGAUGAUUUGUCCCAAUGAUAUCUUGGACGAGUUCAAAAAUGCUUCAGGUCUGUUGAAAAACAUAGCCGCAAAGGGGCCAUAUGUUGUUCAUUCUUCAUGAAACUUGGUUAGAACAUUUGUUUUAUUGAUAUCUUGGGCUGCAAAGAACAGGUCAUUUAUUUUUAUCUCAGGUCAGCGACUUUGGGCCUUUCAGUCCCUCUUGUUACUUAUAUGGCUAUAGUAAAACCUUGUUUACACUCUAGAGGCCACAUUUAUUGUCCGAUCUUCAUGAAACUUGGUCAGAAGAUUUGUCCCAAUGAUAUCUUGGCCGAGUUCAAAAAAUGUUCUAGUUGGUUGAAAAACAUGGCCACCAGGGGGCGGUUCAUUUUUCCUUAUUUGGCUUUUGUAAAAACUUGUUAACACUCUUAAAAUGCGCAUUUAGUGUCGAAUCUUCAUGAAACUUGGUCAAAAUUUUACUUUGUAAUGUGUACGAAAAUGGUCCCAAUCUGUUGAAAUACGUGGCCGCCAGGGUGUUCACUUUUCAUGAAAGUUGGUUAGAACAUUUUUUUAAUGACAUCUUGGGCUGCACAUAACAUGUCAGUUACUUUGAAUCUCAGUUGAGCGACUGUGGGCCUUUCAUGCCCUCUUGUUUCAUUUGUUUUAAUUAAGCUAUUGAACUUUCAAAAAUACUUGCAUUAAAAGUGAAUUUUAGAUUUUAUAUAGUUACUCCUCUUAGGUUGCAAUGUUAUUCAUCACAUUUCACUAAGUACAAACUAAAUUUUGGUUCAGUUUGCGGAAGAUAUACAAAAAGGGAACAUUGCAUAUUGUUGUAAUCACUAAAAAAGCAAAAUAUGACAGGUUAUUUUUAACAUUACGUUUUAAAAAACGUAAUGAUAGCCUUGACAAUAUUUUUUAUUUAUUUGUUUGUUGAAAAAUCUGUUUACUUAUUUUCCAACAUAUUUUUUUUUAUAGAUAAAUACUUUUUGUGUAAUAAGUAUUAUUAUUUAACAUUACUAUAUUUAAUAAAUAUAUUUUUUAUUUAUAAUGUUAAAUAUUUUUAUGCCCUCUUUCGAAGUAAAGGGGGCGUAUAGUGAUCUGUCUGUCUGUCUGUUCAUCUGUCUGUCGGUCCGUCUUUCCGUCACACUUUGCGUUUAGGUUUCGAAAUAUGCUCAUAACUUAUAUCUCCCUUGAGAUAUAACCUUCAUAUUUGGUAUGCAUAUAAUUUUUACCCCUGUGACCUUGACCUUGAACUUGGGGUCCGCGUUAAGGUUUCAAAAUCUGCGUUUAGGUUUCGAGAAAUGCUCAUAACUUCUAUGUUCCUUGAGAUAUAACCUUCAUACUUGGUAUGCAUGUGUAUAUGGACAAGGCCUUUCCAUACGCACAAAAAUUUUGACCCCUGUGACCUUGACCUUGAAGUUAGGGUCCGCGUUUAGGAUUCGAAAUCUGUGUUAAGGUUUUGAAAAAUGCUCCUCACUUCUAUGUCCCUUGAGAUAUAACCUUCAUAUUUGGUAUGCAUGUGUAUACGGACAAGGCUUUUCCAUACGCACACAAAUUUUGACCCCUGUGACCUUGACCUUGAACUUAGGGUCCGCGUUUAGGUUUUGAAAUCUGCGUAUAGGUUUCGGAAAAAGCUCAUAACUUCUAUCAGGCGUUUAUAGGGGGCAUAAGUCAUCCUAUGGUGACAGCUUUUGUUUAUUUUAAUAACUAUAAUUAUUACCCAUAUUUGUUUUCAAGUCAAAUAUUAUAAUCAGACAGAGUGUUAGUGUUUCGCCCUAAUAUUAUAUGAAUGAAGAUUUGGCAGAUGAUUAUUGUGAAGUACUUUUCAGGUCCAAACUAGGAUGCAAAAGGUUACAAAAAAAACAUUAACCAUUUAAGCUUUUGCUGUAACCAGUAAUUUACCGGUUAACCGAAACACCUUUACUAGUAAAAAGUUUAAGUUUAUGUUAAACAUGUCAUACGGCAGGUACAUGUACGAAAGUAAUUUGAGAUAGCUUGCGUUGAUAACUUAUCAUUUUCUUUUUAAAAAAAGUUAACACAUUAACACAGUUAUAACAUUAAUUUUAAUAAUUUCGUAGAUGUAUGCUUUAUUUUGUAUCUAUUUUUCAUGCGUGUAAGCAUUUAAGUUAAAAGCAGUUAUAUGAACUACACAAUGUUCAUUUUCAUGUGUCAUUAAUUAUACCCCUAUUACCAUUGGUACUCGGGACUAUAUAGGAGUCACUUUGUCGGUUGGUCAAUAUGUCGGUCGGCCGAUCUUCACCAAGCUUGGUCAGAAGUUGUAUCUAGAUGAUGUCUAGGUCAAGUUGGAAUAUGGGUCAUGCCGGGUCAAAAACUAUGUCACGAGGUCACUUAGUGCGUUUUAAACCAAAAGUUUGUCCGGACCAUAACUAUGUCAUUUAUUUGAUUUAGUUAUGGAUUUUAAAAUGAUGUUAUGUAUAAUGAUCACGUCAGUCAUGAUAAGCCCCGCCUACAAUGUUGAAUUGCUGCAUGCCUAUCAUUGUAUCAGUGUAGUAUUAAAAUAGCCACCAAACUUACCGGUGUUCUAGCGUUGUCUUAAACCCACAUACACAACAAAUUACUUGGUUCAAUUGUUCACCAUCCUAGGACGGUGUGUCAUGCGAAAGAAGUACGUCAAUAUCUCUAAGGUCGAGGUCUGACUUGGAGUUCAAAGAUCAAAAUGCACAUAAUGAUCUUGUCCGGGCCAUAACUUUGUCAUUUAUUGUGAGACUUUAAAAUCAUUAAGCACAUUUGUUAACCAUCAUUGGACGGUGUGUCAUGCGAAAGAAUUAAGUAUAUAUCUCCAAGGUCAAGGUCACACGUUGUGUUCAAAGGUCUAAAAUGGCCAUAAAUGAUAUUGUCCGGGCCAUAACUAUGUCAUUCAUUGUGUGAUUUAAAAAUUACUCGGUACAUUUGUUCAAAAUCAUUGGACAGCGUGUCAUCCGAAAGAAUUACGUCGAUACCACCAAGGUAAAGGUCACACUUUGAGUUCAAAGGUCAAAAAUGGCCGUAAAUGAUCUUGUCAGGGCCAUAACUAUGCCAUUCAUUGUGCGAUUUUAAAAUUACUCGUUUACAAAUUACAUUUGUUCACAAUCAUUGGACGGUGUGUCAUGCAAAAGCAUUACGUUGAUAUCUCCAUGGUCAAGGUCACACCUGGAGUUCAAAAGUCAAAAAUGGACAUCAAUGAGCUUGUGGGGGCAAUAACCAUGUCAUUCAUUGUGAGAUUUGAAAAUGACCAUGUACAUUAGUUUUAUUUACAGUCAUUGGACUGCGUGUCAUGCGAAGGAAUUCAAGAGUUCAAAGGUCAAAAUGUCCACAAAUGAUAAUGGCAUAAUAAUUCUUAAAAAAUCGCCAUAAAUUAGCUUCUCUUGCUUUGUGAAGACAGUAUGCAAAAUAUUCUGUGUCAAUGCAGCAUGUGUGGGGAUUUCCAGUUGUUACACCCCCUGGACGUUACACCCCUAGUCAUUACACCCUCUAAGCCUGGACAUUACACCCACCAAGAUGUAAACAUAAUUGAUUAGAUUACUAAGGUGUGAUCACACCUACCAUGGGGCACACUUCACUUGAUUAAUGAUGUUCCUGCUUUAAUGUGUGUCCAAUGGGGGUCUGUCCAAGUGUUUUUUAUUGUUUGUUUGUCUGUAUGUCUGUCUUAUUGAUGUGCAGUGUUAAUUAGGAAAUAACAAUUUUUUGGUGUGAAAAACAUUGUUCUUUGAUCUUUUCAAAUAAUUUGUUAAUUAUCAAAGUGUAAUAAUAACAUCUAAAAUUAAAGGAGUUUGUUCACACCAUUAUUAUCAAAAUUCAUUUGAAGAUGUUGUUGUUUGAUUUUAUGAAUUCUAAAGAAUAUUGCAUCUUUAUGUCAUGGCAAAAAAAUAUCAAAACAUCAAAGGUAACAAAGUUAAUAAGAAAAAUACUCAAUGCAAAUUGUUUUUACUCAUUGUCCCCAUAUAUACCAGAACAAUUUGAGAGAAUAUCAUACUAUAGGUAUACAUUGAAACUCUGUCAAAAUGCCCCCAAAACAAAUAUUUUGGUGAAUUGAUUCAAAUUGUAAAAAAAAGUGUGUUAAUAGUUAUGAUUUUGCUGUUACAUGUGAUAAUUGUGGAUUAUGGCAGCAUAUUAGAUGUGGUGAUACCGGUAAGUCAUUUUCUUCUUCCUAUUAUUAACAUUGUAGAUCUAUAUAAUUUGAGCUCCAUGACAUCAUGCGAUUUUGGACCUUAGGGCAUUUUCCGUUGUUAUCAAAUGGUCUUGUAACUGAUAAAUAAUUUAAAACACCAA